AUGCAAACCCAAGACCUCGUUGAAUAUCUGGAAUAAGAUGUCAAAAGCUUUAAUCAACUCUUCACUUUCCUUCCCUAUCAACCCUCAUUCUAUAAUUACAUCACCAAGUAUCAAUUGAAAUCCAUUCAAAUCGAAUUGAAGAGUGAAGAAUUCCUACCAUCCAUCUUCGUUAAUGAUAAAUUGCAACAUAAAAUUAAGUAUCAUCAGCAAUUCAAACAAGCCUAUGGGUUAACCAAUUCUUUUGAAUUCGAUAAUACAAUCUCAAUUGAUAUUAUUUCUUAUGACAUAGAAGAAACUUAUAAAGAAAAAUUGGAAAACGAUAACAUGUAUCCAAUCUUAUUAAACUUUGCUGUUGCUAAUUCGAAUUGGAAUGCUGACUCACUUGCUCAAUUUUUUAAUCAAAAAGCCUGCUCAUAUAAUACAAUUAAUAUUGAUCUGCUCUAUUUGAAUUUAUUUCGAUUUGCUUUGUACUUCUAAAAAUGUAAUCAAAUCACUACUUUUCUGCAUUAUCCAUCCAUCAAAUUUAGAUUAUAAGAAAUAAGACAUACCAACAAAUUUGUAGAAACCCCUUUGACUAAAAUGAUUACAAAAUCCAGAUCAAGCCAAAAGAAAGAAAAGGUUCAAUACAAAUUUGGAUUUCUCUCUCUUGAUCAAUCCAAUAGGAUCUUCCCUUUGAUGAUUCAAGAUCCUCUUAUCUUUUAAUUGCCAUUAAUAGGUACUUGGUUAUAUUCAAAUGAUGCUUAUGAUGAACCAUUAAAUAAUAGAUAAUACAUAUGGACAAUGUUAACAGAAUAUAUCUGUAGUCCAUAUAUCACCAGAAGAAUCUGCAAAGAUUAAUAUGAUUAAUUUCUAUUCAUUCAAUUCCAAAAGAAUCAAUCUCCAUAAUUCUUUGAAGUUAGCAUACAAGAAGACCCUCAAUAUAAAAUCGUAAGAUCUUAGGAGAGAAUACUUAAUCUAGAUCAUCAUCAAAUCGAUCUAGCCUCUGCUCAGCCUUUUAAUUAAAUCGAAAAAGUGGCGGAUUUAUAUAAUCCUAUCAAUCAUACCAAUCAGAUCCCCAACAAGAUCUCCGUUAAUACUCAAAAUAUUAAUAAACAGAAACUGUAAUCUGCAGAACCCAUUCAAACUAUAGAAUAAUCAUUUUAAUAAGAAAGUACAGUCAAAUAGCCACCAGUUCCUUAACCAUUGGACUCCAAUCAAAGUUAUUAAUCUGCAAACUUCCCUUAAAAUUAGCAUCUGACUGAAAGAUUGGUCAUCAUGCAAUCAGAAUAGUUGAAAUUAAUGCAAACUCAAAUUAUAGAUUUGCAAAGAGCUCUUCUUCACUAAAUGCAAAAACCUUAAAUAUAAUAACCCAUGAGUCCUCCAAGAAAUGAAUAGACGUUUCAUCCUUCGAAUAAGAGAAUGGGAUUGCCAGUAUAGAAGAUAGAUUUCUUAAGCGAAUAAUUGAAAUUGAAAACUCAGUCCAAAAAAAAAGAAUAGGAGAUCGAAGAGAUCGCUUAAUAGAUUUUAUGUGACAAGAUAGAAUCGAUGUAAAAUUCUACAAGGAAUUCAAUUAAUAAAUUGAUCUCAUAGAAUAAUUCAAACAAUUCAGACACUUCUAAUCAAUUCAAAAUUUCAACGAAUAAAAAACAAUCCUUAGGCGAUUUAAUUAUAUCUAUGAAGGAUAGUGAUAUCAAGAGAUAAAUUAAAAGAAAUUAAGCCAUGAUUUAGGAUAUCAAUGGAAAUACACAAAUUGAAAAUAUUCAUCAACAACAUUCCUAAUCUUUGUCACCAUUUUCUUUAUAGAAUUAACAAUCAGAUAAGAAUCAUUAUCUAUAAAUUCAAUCCCCAACAUUCAACUAAUAAAAGGAUGUUUCAUAGUUUAAUUAUAUGACUAACAAUACCUUCUAAUAAGAAAGUCCAAUUAAAUAUGUUAGAAUUGAUUAAUUUACUUAAUAAUUAUAUUAGCAAUAAUAAUAAUAAUAGUUGCAAUAAUAAUAAUUAACAAUAAUAACAGGUAAUAAUAAAUAUUUGUAGUUUCAAUAAUAACAAUAAUAAUAACAAUAAUAAUAGCAAUAACAAUAACAAUCACUAAAGAAGUCCUAAUAAUAGUUACAAUCUUCAAAUCUCAAAUAAUCAGGUUUAAUUUCAUCGAUUUAGAAAUCAUAUAACAAAGAGAAUAUUAUGACCAAUAAUUAAUUGGAAUAGAGUGCUGGAUCUAAAGCAAUGCCUAAGAUUAAAUUUAACUUGAAGGAUUAUGACGACUCAGAUUCAGAUGAAGAGGUUAAGAAAUUGUAAAUGAAAUACCUAAAGAAGAGAUGA